AUGUCGCACGGAGACGGCAGUUUCGAUCUGCUUGACAAAGACUUGUUGGCAAUAUUGUCAGGGGAUUUUAACGUUACUGACCAGAUAGAGUCCGAUUCGCUUACGGCCACACAACUGUUGAAUAUAAACACACAAGAAUUGUUGCCAGCCGGUCCUGGUAUCACUUGCAGCACACCUGGAGGUUCAGUAACUGUAACGGAGUUGGUUCCUAAUCCUAUGGUGACUGUCCCGGAUUCUUCUAGUAAUUCCAACGAUUUGACUGAACCUGUUCCACCAAAUGUGGUACCCAAGAGGCCACCCCUUACGACCAUUGAUAGUAAUGUGAUAGACAUUGUUCAGCCUAAAAGGGAAAUCUCAGAUAAUGGUAGAUUUGCUUUGCCGGUGUCAUCACAGCAGAUAAAAGAUCGAACUACAAACAGUAUUCCAAAGAAAACUAGGGAUGCAAAUAAAUGGGCUUUGAAGGUAUGGUCUGACUGGGCAAAAUUUAGAAACAGCCAGCCAGCUUCUGCAUUGGAAAGUAGUUUUCCAAUCCCUGAAGAUAUAGGUGAUUUGGAUGACAGUAUGAUCAACUUCUGGGGUCAACGAUUCAUUAUGGAAGUUAAGAGACAAGAUGGUAAAGACUACCCCCCUAAUACAUUGACUCAGAUUGUCAGUGGCUUGCAGAGAUAUCUUACUACUAUUUGUAAUAGAAACAACAUCAACUUUUUCCGUGAAGGAAGUCAGUUCAGUGAAUUUCGUAGAUGUAUUGAUACAAGAAUGAAAGAACUCCAUGCACAGGGAGUUGGGAUUAAAAGUAAUUCUUCAGAUCCUGUUACUAUGGAAGAUGAAUUACAGUUUUGGGAGUCAGGUGUUUUUAAUUUUGACACAUCUGUAGGUUUGAGCAACUCUGUGUUUUUUUAUAAUGGAAAAUUAUUCGGAUUUAGAGGAUUUCAGGAACAUGUCAGUUGCCAAGCAGACCAAUUUGAGAUACUUAAAGAUAAUGCCAAGGACUUACGUUAUAUCAAGUUUACUCCCGGAUUGCGCAAAAAUUCGCAAGGGGGGCUGAAGAGCCGAAACACUGCUAAUAAGCCAAUUGUUCACUACGAGCAAAAAGAUAGAAAAUAUUCUAUAGUUGAUCUGUACGAACGGUAUUUGUCGUUAAUACCAAGGGUUGGUGCUUUCUACAGGAAACCUGUUGGUAGUUAUGAUGAAAAUGGUUCACCAAAAUUUGGUGCUGCUUCAAUAGCACAGCACGCUAUCAAAUCUAUGAUUAAGAGAUUUUAUGCGGAAGCUGGGAUUGAUACAAGUGACCGUAAAAUAAGUAAUCACUCUGCUAGGGUUACCUUGUGUACUACACUGUAUAAUAAAAACUUUCCUGACAAAGCCGUUAUGAGUCGAAGCAAGCACAAAAGUUCAGCUGUUCAGUCUUACCAGAGGGAACAGUUUGAAAUUUUAAAUGAUAUCAGCAAAGCACUCGAACCCAGUGUGUUGAAACCAAAGUGUGAUGAAAACCCUUUGAUUUCGACUGUUGCAGCUACGACAUCUUCUUGUAAGGGUAUAAAAACUGAAUCUGAUGUAAAAUCUUUGAAUGAUAGCUCUGUAAAAAAUGAUGAAGAUACUUUAAUUAUAAAUGUUCCAGUCAGUGUGAAAAAGGUAAUAAUCGAAAAGAAGGAUGGAAAAAAGAUCAUAAUUGAAGUGUAAAGUUUAUAAGUUCAGACGGUGAACUUCCCUUGAAAACUGAACAGUUAAAUUAUUUUUUAUUAUCAAAACUAUAGAAAUCUAAGUUCAGUGAAUAUUACUGGAAUGUG